CUGAAAUGUUGUAAUAAUACAAGUUUUAAUUUAGCUUUGGGUGUGAAAACAACAAUGCGACAUCAUUUGCACUCGGGUGAUCCUAACAUGUUAGGUAACCUUGUGGAAUUCAACACCUCUGCAACCAUCUGCAGCUGUUGCAAUCUGACGCGUAGUUUAUAUAUAAGCUGUCCUAACAGACUGUAUACCAGCAAGCUUUCUAAUCGGGUUAGAAUAGAAUGAGCAUCGUAAAACUGGACAUAAUUGUCAAACAUUAUGCUAAAAUCGUAUAACAGGCGUGAAAAAGAAGUCGGUUUUUCUUUUGGGAAUUGAUUUUCAGAAAGGUAAAUUUAAAAAUGAAAUUCAUUUUUGAAUUAUUACAGGCUCGUUGGUAGAAUUGAUAGUUCGUUUCAUUAAAAAAAGAUUCGAAUAUUUAGUUCGGGACCAGCGAAUUUAAUUUGGGACCAAGUGAUCCACCCUAUCCGGUUAACUAGGGAUAUAAUAGUUGGAACUUUUCAAGGACAUCUUCUUACCUGACCACGUCACGUACACGUCUCAAAUUUCAUUCUUAGUUUUUGCGAAGUAACUCAAACAGGAAAAUGGUUUUGAAAAUCGGAAUCAACGGUUUCGGACGAAUUGGACGCUUGGUAACUCGUGCUGCUGCGGGUAGAGACGACGUUGAAGUUGUUUCAAUCAACGAUCCGUUCAUUGACCUUACUUAUAUGGUUUACAUGUUCAAGUAUGAUUCAACACACGGCGUUUUCAACGGCACUGUUUCUGAAGAAGGCGGCAAAUUGAUCAUCAACGGUAAACCGGUUGCGGUCAACGGUGAACGAGAUCCAUCAAAAAUUCCUUGGGCAAAGGACGGCGCAGAAAUCGUCGUAGAAUCGACCGGAGUUUUCACAACCAUCGAGAAAGCCUCUGCCCAUUUGACCGGCGGAGCGAAGCAUGUCGUGAUUUCCGCACCAUCUGCGGAUGCCCCAAUGUUUGUAAUGGGAGUCAAUGAAGAGAAGUAUUGCAACUCCAUGAAAGUUGUAAGCAAUGCUUCAUGCACCACCAACUGCCUUGCACCAAUCGCAAAGGUCGUGGAUGACAACUUUGGUAUUGUUGAAGGUCUCAUGACAACUGUGCACUCGUACACUGCUACCCAGAAGACGGUGGAUGGUCCCAGCGGAAAGUCCUGGAGAGACGGAAGAGGAGCAGCACAGAACAUCAUUCCUGCAUCCACAGGAGCGGCUAAAGCUGUCGGCAAAGUUAUUCCACAACUGAAUGGAAAGUUGACAGGAAUGGCAUUCCGUGUUCCGACCCCAAAUGUAUCCGUGGUUGAUCUUACAGUUCGUUUGGAGAAGCCAGCAUCCUAUGAUGCGAUCAAGACUGCAAUGAAAACAGCAUCCGAGGGAAAAAUGAAGGGAAUUCUUGGUUACACAGAAGAUAAAGUGGUUUCCACUGACUUCAAUGGAGACAAGCGAAGCAGCAUUUUUGACGCAGGAGCUGGCAUUGCACUCAAUGACAACUUUGUGAAGCUGGUGUCUUGGUACGACAAUGAAUUUGGAUACAGCAACCGUGUCAUCGAUCUUCUGCUUUACAUGGCUUCCAAAGAAUAAAUCUUGAAACAUCGUUAUAUAAAAAAAAGUUCAAAAAUAAUUUCUUUUAAAAUUCACGUUUUGUUGCCAGUUAAACACCACGCAGUACAUUAAACACAUAACUGUUGCAUGCAAUCUUACUGUGCUUAUACACAUAUAUAUUCAACGUGGUUGUAAUGCAUGUGCUUAUUUAGUUCGAGUGUAUUUGGAAUAAAUUGUAAGCUUUGCAUUUA